UUAGACACCAAAUGAACAGAGAUGAGAUUAUAAAAUUCGCACACGAAACUCCAUUUAUUAUGAAAUGUGGAGGAUAGCACUUUACAGACUACAUAAAAGAAUCCAAGAAAGUUAAAACAGAGACUUCUUGGUGGUCUCUGGGAAAAGUAUGAGAUCAUACCAAGAGACCAAGACAGGAUUUUCUCAACCAGCUAUAAAAGAGGUUUGUUCAGCAGCAGAGCAAAGGGGAGAUCAUGAGGAAGCCCAGAAGAAGAGGAAUGUGAAGAAGAAGACAAUAGUUGUCAAUCUGCAGAACAUGUAUCAGAGAGAGAAAAAUGAACAGUGUUUUUCUCAUAAUAAGACAUCCAGGACCAGUGAAGACAAGCAAGGGUGCGACAUUUUAAGGAAAAAUGCCAGUAGCAGAAUCAGGUGGUCUUCACAUCCUAACUCCAAAAUACCGUCUCUGGGAGAGAUAGAAAAGGAAAUCUCCAGCAUUACAAGAAAUAAUUCUGAAGGAACUGGAGUAUCCAAAGACAGAAAUCACCAAAGACUGUUCAUUGCGGUUUUGAAGCCUUUUGGAAUACGGAUUCUACGGUGUCAUUCAGCACCUACAAAAAAUGUGUCUGUGGAGUACCUGAAGAAAGCCAAACUGCAAAUGAAAGCUAACAACGUUUUAACAGAGGAAAAGAAGGAAGCAGAAGUGGGAACCCUCCCUCUAAAGGCAGCUACAGUAUGCAGGCUGGACACCUCUGAGAACAGGCAGCUCAAGGAGUGGCUUCAUCAGAAGAACCUGCUGAGGAGAAAAAAAAGAGCAGCCAGGAGGAACCAAAAGAGGCAGGAGAGGGAGGAGAAGAAAAGGAGAGAGCAACAGAAGCAGGAGAGAGCAAAGGACUCAGAGCAGCAGGUGAGAGCCUGGAUGGAAAGGAAGAGAAGGGAGGCUUCUGUGCAGCAGAGUGCUAAUCAUUUGAAAACUGACAGGGGGUUAAAAAAUCAUGGCUCUGGUGAAGUAUCCCAGCAACCAAAGAGCCAUGAUAGAGAGACACAUCUACAUUGUGGUACUCAUGCUCGUCAAAGUCAAUGCUUACAAGCAAUGAAACAGCUAAACAGACCAAAAAUGGAUAAAUUGGCGAUCCACACUAGUGCAGACCCCUUGCCCCAAAAGACAAGUCUGAUUGGUGAGGGACAAACAGAUUCGAGGAAAGACGGGAACACAGCUUCAGAGAAUCUUUCAUUAGAAUAUAACAUGCUUUCUAGUAAAGUAAAGCAAGAGGGCAUUGCUGCUUCACAGCCAGUUGGUCAGAUAUCAAGCACAGUGACUGGUCUUACAGAGGAAACUUUGAGUAAGACAGCAACUCCCAAGCCUCUGGCAUCCCAGAACAAAAGAAAGGGGAAGCCUACAGACACAAGUAAAGUUCAAGUGAUGAGAACUGAAGAAGUAUCCAAAAAUGAGACUCUUUCACUAAAAUCUUCCAAAACCAUCAGAAGAACUUUAACAGAUAUUAAAGUAGUACCACACGAAAAGUCCUUGCUUACAACCAGUGUUGGCACUUUACAAGAUGCCAAAGAUGAUAAAAAAGGAGAAAGCUGGAAGACCAAAAAGAGCUUAGCUAUCAUACCAAUGAAGCCCCUCAAACCACAUAGAUCAGAAAACAGGCCUCUGUGCUCUAAAGGCCCAGACAGUGGAAAUAAACUACCAACAAGUCUUAGGCUAUCUCAUAGUGAGUGGCUUCAAAGGAAGACAGAAGAGAAGAAGAAUGAGGAGAAACAUAAGAAAAAGGUGGCCCAGUUGGACCCUGAUCUCCAGGACAUUAUCCCAAAACUGGCCAGGAGGAGAAUAGAAACAAUCCGAGAGGGGAAGAAGAAGGUGGAUACAGGGAUCCCUUUUAAUAGGUCUUCUGAUAUGGAGUCAAUUCUGAAUCCAGUGACCAGACCAAAGUGGGUUAAAGAUGCAAAGUUGAAUUUGGCAGUGGAGCAGCAGUUCCUGCGAGUGCUGGCCCAGAAUGCAGUGAAAACAGGAUGUAGUGACAUUUCAGAGCAGAACCUGAAUGCCAAUGAGUCUGAGCCUGUCUGCUUAAAAUCUGUCAAAUCUUCAGACAAAUGUAAAGGCAGCUCCCUUAAAAUUAAAAUCAGAGGGAAAAGAGGAAAUAGAACAGAUGCAACUGGAAACCAGGUUAAUGUGAACUUACCUGAGCGCCCUGAGCCUCAGGGAAGUGAAGGAGAGGCAGUUUUCAAAACUCAGUGAGGUUAAAGAAUAUCAAACUUGUUCUGAAAAUUUUGUUUGCUCUCUAUAUCUAUAUAUUAAAAACAUUAUGUAACUAUGUAAAUUAUGAAGUGCUGUAUUAGGAAAAUCAUUUCAUCUUAAAUGGGUGGUUACUCUUUGUCACAAAAGGUAAAGAGUAUAUCUCAGGUUUUAACAUAUUUCACCUUAUGUGACAUGGAAUAAUACCUUCAUUACUGUGUUGCUGGUCACUAAAGUCUA